AUCAGUUUGAUAGAAGCACGCUUGAUAUUUGGUACAAGAGAUAAGUCUAUUGAGAGUUUCAAUGACGUGCAGUAUUUCCAGGAGUGCGUGACAAAAUUCAAGACGAUGAAUGACGAAGAUAAGAAACCUGAUUUCACAGAGGUGAAAAUUAAAGUUCCGUGGGGGCAUGUUGCUGGAAAAUGGUGGGGCCCAUCUGAUGUGCGCCCCAUUCUUCUCAUUCAUGGAUGGCUGGACAAUGCUGGAACUUUUGACACUCUGAUUCCGCUUCUGCCAAAGGAUCACGUGAGCUACUUGGCGAUUGAUCUGCCCGGACAUGGACUGUCUUCGCACAUUCCGGAGGGAAUGACGUACAGUCACUACGACUACGUUUGGCUCAUUCAUCGCAUCCGGAAGAUUUAUGAAUGGGACAAGAUCUCCCUGAUUGGCCAUUCCCUUGGUGGUGUGGUUACCUUCUUAUACACUGGAAUAUUUUCUAAAUACGUUGACAUGCUCAUCACAUUGGACGGCAUGAAGCCUUACACUUCUGCGGAAUUGAUCACCAAUGUGCUGAAAAAUGGAAUUGCCCGGAAUACAACUGAGGUUAUCAAUCAUCUCUCGCCAAAAUCCCAGCCGGCGUACAGCAAACACGAGCUCACGGAGAGGAUGCAGGCGAGCUCAUAUAAUUCCCUGGAGCCCAAGGACUGCGAGUAUUUGUUUAUUCGCGGAAUCAAGAAGAGUCCUGUUCAUCCUGACAAAUACUUCCUGAGGAGCGACGCUAGAGUCAAAGUAAUCCACAUGAUAUCGUUUUCUGAGGAAAAUAGCCUUGAUAUUGCGCGGGAAGUUAGAUGUCCUGUCUUGCGGAUCACUGCAGAUAUCAAGAGGAAAAAUUCACAGAGUUCAGCGGACGAAUUGAUAGAGGCACUGAAGAAGAACAACAAGCAAGUUGAACAUUGCGUAGUUUCUGGAAAGCAUCAUGUUCAUUUAUCGCAACCAGACAAAAUUUCAGGCAUAAUUACUGACUUUAUCCUGAAAUAUCGCUCACCAAAGAGCAAAAUUUAAUUUUUCAUCGGUUCUAGAGAAUUUGGAAACAGUUCUCUUAUUUUUAAAAGUUUUUGUUGUUGAAUGUUUUUUUGGUGGCUGAAAUUCUGGUGAUGAUGAUAAAAGUAUUCUUAGAAGAUUGCAGAGUGCAAAAAUGUUGUAGAAAAAUUGUACAGUUUUUAUAAUAAAGAAAAUGAACUUGUGUUUUGCUCAUUAUA